AUGUCUAAACAGAUACAGUACUACCAGAAACCUGUACAUGUUGUCGGCACGUGUAUAUUUUUGUCGGUGGUGGACAUAAUAGUGGUAGGGCUGAGAUUCAAGGUGCGGAAACUCCAGAAGUUGCCCGUAGGGCCAGAUGACUGGAUCAUAAUACCGGCUUUGCUUAUGACAGUGCUUAUGGCAGUCGACAUAGUGUACGGGGUUUUUCAAAAAGCGCUUGCGUGCCAAACUGAAGUACCACCUGGAUCUACUACCGACCUCACAUUCGACAUCAUCACGAAUCAAAUUCUAUUAUCUUUUAAGAUUGGAUACAUGUUUAAUAUAGCGUUUGUCUUAGCAAUUGGUCUCAUCAAAGCCAGUGUGCUCCUCUUUUACCUUCGAAUAUUUUCUAUUAUGAAAAGCAAAGUCCGCGCGGUCCUCAUUACGUUAAUCACCAUUGUUGCUAUGUGGGUAAUAGCCUGGCUUUUUGAGUCGAUCUUUAACUGCAAGCUGAAUUUCUGGGCCGUUUGGGGGACAUCUCAAGACCUUAAAACGAAGUGUGUGAACUUCUUUGGUGCCGAUCUAGCACUCUGUGUCACGGACUUCAUCAUAGAUAUCGUGAUAAUCGCUUUCCCUAUUCCACUUAUAUGGCACUUAAAUGUAUCAACUCGUAGAAAAGUCGCGACGAGUGGCAUAUUCCUGCUGGGAAUUGCUACGAUUAUAACCUCACUGAUUCGGGUUAUUAUGUCGGCUCGAAUCGUUGCAAUUGGCUUAGCCACCGAUUCAGACCAAGUUCUCACGAUUACCGUUUAUCUCUACUGGGGGAUGGUUGAAUGCGGCAUUGGUGUAGUUGUCGCUUGCCUUCCGACAUUAGCUUUCCUCUUCAAGGACUUUACCUGGAGAUCUAUCAGGGUCACCAUGAGACGCCCCUUUACUAGGACCCCUCAAAGUUCAACAAGCCUAGACCAUGAUUCUAUUUAUGUACAGGGUUUGACACAUGAUAUCUACAAGAGAGCGACCAGCUCAUCUAACGGGUCAAAUUCAAGCUCAAGACCACGACUGUCGAAUAUUGGCGACGAUCCUAUACAUGACCCAGAAUUCUAUUCUAUGAAGGACAUCAUCAGGGCCAGAGAGUCCGUAUAA